AUGGAGCUGGAGCUCGGGCUCGCGCUGCCGAACCCGCACCAGCCGCUGGCCGGCGGCGGGGAGCUCGUCGGCCUCCUCAGCGGCUCGGCGGGCGCGUGCGGGAAGAAGAGGGUGUUCGGCGACGCGUUCGGGGCCUCCAAGGCCACGCUUCUUCCGCUCUUCGUGCCCGAGGAUGGUGACGGAGGCGGCGGCGACCGCGACGGCGUCGACCAUGAUCCAAGCAACAAGAAGAAGAGGCUGGAGGGGUGGCCGCCGGUGAAGUGCGCGCGCAGGCGGAGCUGCGGCGGCGGGUACGUGAAGGUCAAGAUGGAAGGGGUGGCCAUCGGGCGGAAGGUGGACGUGUCCCUCCACGGCUCGUAUCAGGAGCUCCUCCGCACACUCGAGCGCAUGUUCCCCUCGGCUAACCAACAAGGUGCAGGUGCAGAUGCAGAUCAUGCAGAAGAAGAGGAGGAGGUGGCCUCGCACGAGCGCCGCCGUCGACAUCCUUACGUGGUCACCUACGAGGACGGCGAAGGGGACUGGUUGCUCGUCGGAGAUGAUGUGCCGUGGGAGGUCUUUGUGAAGUCGGUGAAGCGGCUUAAGAUACUGGCGUAA